AAACUUCCUUUCACUUCACAAAUAAACAGCCACAGAGAGAGAAACAUUUAGAAACAUAUUGUAGAGUAUCAGCUAUAAACGAGGAUCGACGAUAAUAAUAAUAAUAAUAAUAAUAAUAAUAAUAAUAAUCAGGAGGCUUCCUCAGAGUUCAUUCAUAAAACAAUCAUGUCACGAGGACUUAAUGCACGCAGAGAUGAGGGGGUGGAAAAGAACAUUUGGGUUGAAUCUGCGAAACUGGCAGCAGAAUACAAGGCAGUAAACCUUGGAAAAGGAUUUCCUGACUUCUCCCCUCCCAAAUUUCUCCAGGAGGCUUUUUGUGAAGCUGUGAAUGGAGGACCCCAGAUGCACCAGUAUACUCGAGCUUUUGGCCAUCCUCCGCUUGUAAAAAGUCUGGCUAAAUUCUUCGGUAGGAUUAUGGGACAUGAGAUCGAUGCUUUUGAAGACAUCCUGGUCACAGUUGGAGCUUAUCAGGCUCUCUCCUGUGCAUUUCAGGCUCUGAUUGAUGAAGGGGAUGAGAUCAUAAUUAUCGAGCCGUUCUUUGACUGCUACCUACCGAUGGUGAACUUUAUUCGAGGAAAGGCAGUUUAUGUAUCUCUGAGGCCGAAAGUUGAGGGAAGCUCCGUCCUGUCAAGUGGAGACUGGGUUCUUUCUGCCGAGGAGCUGGCCAGUAAAUUCACUCCACGCACAAAAGCCAUCAUAAUGAACACUCCCAACAACCCACUGGGCAAGGUUUACACGACCGAAGAGCUCCAAAUGAUUGCGGAUCUGUGCAUCAAACAUGAUGUGGUGUGCAUCAGUGAUGAGGUGUACGAGUGGCUGACUUAUGAUGGAAACAAGCAUGUAAAGAUAGCCACCCUACCCGGCAUGUGGGAACGAACCAUCACCAUUAGCAGUGGUGGAAAGACCUUCAGUGCUACUGGCUGGAAGGUUGGCUGGGCCAUCGGCUCUAGGCAUAUCAUGAAACACUUGAAAACCAUCCAUCAGAACUGCGUUUACCACUGUCCUACAGCCGCUCAGGAGGCAUUAGCUCAUGGAUUUGAGAGAGAAUACGAGCUGUUUGGGACUCCAGAGAGCUACUUCCAGCAGCUGCCUGCGAUGCUGCACCAGAAGAGGAAUAGGAUGGCCUUGUGUCUGGAGAGUGUAGGUUUGCAGCCCACCAUGCCGGAGGGAGGAUAUUAUAUGAUCGCAGACAUCUCCUCUGUCAAGAAUGACUUCAAUGGCCAGAACACGGAGGAUGAACACAAUGACGCCAGAUUUUCGAAGUGGCUAACUAAAGAGAAGGGUUUAACAACAAUCCCCGUCACUGCCUUCUUCAGUCCAGAGCACGCUAAGGACUUUGACAAAUACAUCCGAAUCUGUUUCGUCAAGACGGACUCCACCCUGGAUGCAGCAGAGGACAUCUUGAGAAAGUGGAGUCAGGAACAGUAACAUCGCCCCACAAUAAGAAGCAUUAUCAGUCCAUCCAGAUUCUACCAGUCCAUCCAGAUUUUACCAAUCCAGAUUUUACCAGUCCAUCCAGAUUCCACCAGGCUGCGUAAAGCGGUUUGGGUUAACCCCUCAGUUAAAAUGAGCCAUAAUUGUUUUUUCUGUGUGUUUAACUCAAAUUAAGGCACUUAAAGACAAAGUCCAUAUAAUGAAUUUUUUCCCCUCCUAAUGUAUGUCACAUAUUAACUGCAGAGAUAUUUUGUCAUUUAAUGAAAUAAAAGCUUUUAAUGAUAAUAAA